CCCACUUCUCUUCACUCCCAUAGUUCCAGCUUCACUCACUCUCCUCACUCCCCACUCAGCUACCUCUUUUCUCUUAGUGAAACUCCCAUGGAAAGUUACAGAAGAUCGCCAUUGAAGCCAUGGAAGAAAGGUCCAACUCGAGGCAAAGGCGGCCCCCAGAAUGCUUCUUGUCAAUACCGUGGAGUCAGGCAGAGAACAUGGGGCAAAUGGGUGGCUGAAAUAAGAGAACCCAAGAAGAGAACAAGACUCUGGUUGGGUUCUUUUGCCACGGCGGAAGAAGCUGCCAUGGCGUAUGAUGAGGCUGCGAGGAGAUUGUAUGGGCCGGAUGCUUAUCUUAAUCUUCCACACCUUCAACCAAUCUCCAAUUCUCCAAACAAACUGCAGAAGUUCAAAUGGAUUCCUUCCAAGAACUUCAUCUCUAUGUUUCCUUCUUGUGGUUUGCUUAAUAUAAAUGCCCAACCUAGUGUUCAUGUUAUUCAUCAGAGGCUCCAAGAACUUAAGAAGAAUGUUUUAAGUCACAUCGGUUCUUCUAGCUCUUCUUCGUGUGAAUCAAAAGCCGAGAUUCAGAUUAUUGAUGAUAAAACCCCUGCAGAAGACCCUCAACGAAGGGAGAAGGAUUUUGAAAUUUCAUCAGAUAAAAUGGCGGGAGCUUAUGAGGAUAAACCACAGAUUGAUUUGCAUGAGUUCCUUCAGCAGCUGGGAAUACUCAGAGAAGAAAAGCAGUCUGAAGGAGCUGAUGCUGCAGAAAUUUUAACAGCAACAGAUUCUUCAAUAAAAGAUUAUGAUGAAUUAGCUGCCUUUGAAGAGAAUAGCUUCAAUUGGGAUGCUAUGAUUGAGAUGCGUGGAGUUGCUGAUUACCAAGGAGCAGAAGCCAACUUCCAAGUUCAUGAUCCUCAAGAAGAGCUAACUUUUUCAACUUCUAUUUGGAACUUCUAAGAGUAGUAGUCAAUCUUGGAAGAAAAGAGAUAGCUUCAACUUUUCCUAUAGGGUGUCAAACUUUUUCAGUUCGCAUUUGAGCUAGGAUAUAGAUUUGAUGCUACUUCUAAACAUGUUCUGAAGUUAUAGAUUGUAAUGAUGUAGAAAAGUAGCAUUUCUAUCCAUUGCUGGCAGAAGAGAACAUACAAGAAAAUAGUUUGGACUUUGACAAUCAAGAGAGGCUAUAGUAGAUUUUAGUGGCAAAAGAAUUUUUGGGAGCCGAAGGGAGGUAAAAGUUAUUUCCAACCAACCAACCAAUGUGUGUGAUCGGAACAGAUUAAAUGUUAACUUGAGUCACUUUCACUUCAUUGGAGUAGUUUGCAUUUCUGCAAUUUUCCAUCUCAGUAGCUGAUUCCCAGAGAGACGACAAGAGAAUACCACCCUAGCGUAACAUGAUUAGUAGAAGAAAAUUAAGUUGAUCAAACAAUCGUGUUGGAGGGCUCAUUUACAGGAUCAAACCAAGUAAAAGAACUGAAAAUCGGUGGUUAAAAGCAAUACGAAUAAAUAAUCCAAGACACGAAGACAAUACCUGAAAACAAGUUAGUACUCAUCUAACAAAACAGCAGCUGAAAAAUCUGCCAAAUUAUUACACUCAAUAAUAAGUAAUGAAUAAAUAGCUCAGGAAUAUGCGAUGCAGGUAAAACACUGUUUUGAAAAUGUGAAGCUU